AUGUUGGCUAUCAAGUUCCAUCCAAGUGUGUACAAAAGCACCAGUGGCCAAUAUUUCGCCGAGCCAUCCGCUUACCGAAGCGACUACUACUGGAUCACCGUGCAUUUUGCAGAAGAAGAAGAUCACCGUGGCCUUAGAGAUGCAGAUGUCAUGCUGAUUGUGAAGAACAUGAUUGCAAAAGGCCGCUUUACUGUAGAUAUUCACGCAAAGCAUAAUUUAGGGUACAAGUGUCUCUCGAUUCCUAUCAAGCGCGACCCGGAUACCCCCCUGCCCAAGUCAUAUAGGGCUGAUCCUACGCACCCAGAUCUUCUUCUUGCUCAAAAUCUUGCAGAGUAUUGGAGGGAUCAGAUGUUGGCUAGGAAGGUUAUUCUGGAUCAGAAGGUGAUAUUUGGUGGGAUUCGUUUUGAAUGGCCGCGUCUGGAAGACAUGUUGGAUGUGGGAGAGGUUCUGAUGGACCCCUGGCGUAUUUAG